GGACCAGCUACUGAGUUCAAACCGAAAAGGAGAGCCAUCGAGAGGCCCAUCCUCAGGCCGUUUCGUGUCCGCCGCGAGAGUUGGUGUUGCUGCGAGUGACGGAGCGCACUGCCACGUGGGCAGCAGCGGCGCCCCCGCGACUCGCUAUGUCGCGUGACGCUUCCGCCCCUCUUCAACAACCACCAGCGCAACGUAUCCUCAAGAGCAGCAUACGAAUCGCCAAGAGCAGGAUGCUAUGCCUCCUCCUCCGGCGAAGCGUAAGCUCAUCGACCUGAUCAAGGAUGACGUCAGCGGGCGAGACGAUGCCGGACCAGGAUCAAGCCGGGCGCAGAAGCACGACGGCGAAAGUUCGAGCGCGACGGAUGAUGACGAGGAAGAGGACUUCAUGUCAGAUGCCCUGCUGCAGAGCGUCGAAGCAGCGACUGCUGAUGCCGAUCGUGUAAAAAAGAGCGGGCGGCAGCGCACAUCCAAUCAGCCCAAAUACCGGCUUAGCGAAAAGGAGUCUCGCUCGCAAGGUUUGGCUCGCAACCUCGCUCUGCCAUCUUCGCCGUCAACUGCAUCCGCAAGCAGCGGCGGGGGCGAAGAGAGCAAGGCCUUGCGGAUGAUGAAGUCGAUGGGAUAUGAGCCAGGGCAAGCAAUUGGUGCGCAAUCCCGCCCAGACCAGGCCUCGGCAUCCACCGCGACAUCUCGUUCCCUCGUCGAGCCCAUCCGCCCAGACGUACGCCGUACUGACCCAGCCUCACGGCGAGCAGGCAUUGGAGCCCUGAUCUCUUCCAAAAUCCUGGACCUCGCCGAGUCUUCUGCCGCCGCUUCGUCCUCUUCAGACAGUGUGGACGCUUACCGCUCCCGCUUCUCUGCGCAAGUCUCUACGGCCAAGAUCAACAAAACGCUCAAUGAGGCGAAGCGCAUCUGUCGCGAUCUGGAUCUCAGAGUCGGGAUCGAGUACCUACCUCUCUGGCUGCAAGUCGAGUGGUUUCAGCGCAGAGAAGAGGAUUUGGGUCCCAACGAGCGAGAGCUGGUUGGGAAGGCGAUGGAGGAGGAUGAGUGGCCUGAGAAUGAUGCAGCGAGAGAGGAAAAGACAGCAGACGGCGACUCGCAAGCUCAGGCUGGAAGGGGAGGAGAUGGUGACGAUCAAGAAGAGGCCAGACAAGACAGCAACUCCUCUUCAAUAGCGCGACCGCCUCCCCUCUCACGCCGCCGUGAAACCCGCAUCUUCCUCUCCCUACCGGUGAGUUCUACCUUCCAUGCUACUCGCGACUUCCGAGCUGAUCCCUUUCCUUCCCACUCGCUUCACAGCUCGACGCCCAACUCUCCCUCGUCCUCUCGCACCUGCGCGAUUUCCACCUUUACUGCCUCUUUUGCGGAACAGCCUACGACGACGUUGGCGAUCUCGAUACCAACUGCCCUGGCGAGAAGGAGGAGGAUCACUGAUUGUUGAUGUCGAGCAACAAAGCGAGCGGAGAGCAAGCAAAGCCUGAGCAAACCCAGAGGCGGGCGCGUAGCAUGAUCAGCUCUGCCGCUUCGUCUGCUGAGCACGGGACAUUGUACGCCACCUCCCGACCAAUUGGCGCAGUCUUCAUCCUGCGGUAGAGGAGGAUGUUCCUGUGCUUGUGCUCUUGGUUGUGGGUCGAGUCUUUGGAAGGGCGCCUGUACAUU